AUGGAGCAAUACUGGAUGUUCUGCCCAGGCCCAAGCAAGGACUGCAAGAGCCUUGCUUAUGUCGCGCGACUCCAUGACUGCCUCUGGCCGCGACUAGACCAGAACUCCGACGACUUCUUUGCUAGAGCAGAGUCGGCCACCGCGAAGGCGGCCAUGUUCUUCUCCCGCAAGGAUGCGAAAGCUCUGUUCAACAAGGAGAACAUUGUCGAUCUCUUGAGCUGUCGCUGCAGGGACUGCGGCGAAUACAAGAAUGACCCAUCGGCUGCUUUCAACCUGUUGGACUACGAAAAACGCUUAGCCAACCCAAACGAAAAGGGGUGGCUUCUGGUGGCAGCGCUUGUUUACUUGGGCCAGCUGAAUCUGAUAUACAGGUGGAUAAGGUACCCAAACAUAGUCAAGGACUUCGGCAACUUGAGCGGACUCUCUGCUCCGACGGUAGUGAACCCAUUCAACACACCGCUCCAGAACUCACUUUUUUGGAAAGCGUAUAGAAGGACUAUGGACAUGUUCUUUCCCAUGGAAAUCAAGCCCGGAAUCAACGACAGACCCGAGGAAACCAGCCUCGCCGACUGUCAACGAUUUCCAUAUCUCGACGAACCGGGCAAUAUUCCUUCGGGCAGCUCUGGUAGCUUGAUCACACGCUUUCUUGUACCAGAAGAGUACCUUCAUGAGAACUUCAGAGAAAUGAUGGAAAAAGACUACGCUAAGUCUAUGGAGGAUGACGAGCGUGGUAGGAAGUACCGUCUUGUACGAAAGGUUAUCGUGCGCAAGAGCCUCAAAGACAUGGAACACAUCACACUCCGCAUGAUUUCUACACGUCAAGAUCAGCGAAACCUCAUCAAUCUCAUGGCUUUGUACGAGUGGCGCGAGCAAAUCCACUUCGUCUUUCCGUUCGUCGAAACACAUCUUGACAAGGUGCUUCUGGAUGAGUGGACGUUCCCUGGGUCCACACAGGUCAGGACUCCCGCAGAUCACGGCCUAUGGCGCCAGAUGACAGGCGUUUGUGAAGCGCUCAAGACCAUUCAUUUCGAUCUUCGGAGUCCUUGGGGCUCGGAACAAGUCAUAGCUUUCCACUUCGACUUGAAGCCGUCAAAUCUGCUUGUGACGGCGGAAGGCAUUGUGAAAAUCACUGAUUUUGGUCACUCAAUGAUACAAGUCAUGCUCCCUGAAGAGGAGAGGAAGGGAUACUAUAGAGGUGGCGAUCCCGUCUAUAGGGCACCCGAGUCAACUCCAGACAGCGAGCAAGUUCGGGAGGCUAGUGAACUCAGAAGUCAUGCAUCGACGACCCAGGACUACAGUGAAGAACUACCACGAAACCAAGUGUUCCUCAAUUACGAUGUCUGGCAGCUUGCUUGUAUCAUGACCGAAGUGCUAAUAUGGAUCACUAAGAAGGACCCGUAUGGGGAGAAAGAGCAGCUAGAGGAGAAGGGACAGGUCAUCAAGAGAUUCCGACAAGAAAAGAGGGAUGAAGACGGAUCUGAUGCCUUUUUCACCAUUAAAACACAGCCGGAUGGCAUCAGAACCAGAUCAUUGAAGGAGGCUGUGUUGGAGGAGCUCCGCUCGCUUCAGUCAGGAGACAGGGAGAACGUCGAUAUGGAAGAAUACAUGGAAAGGACUGUCGGAAUUCUGCGCGGCAUGUUCAGAAUCGACCCGCUUAAACGAUACCACUCCUACAAAGUGUUGAGGAAACUGGAAGAAGUGAAUCAGAAAUGGGUGACGAGCAAGCAGAGGCCCGGUGAUCGGGUGUAUCAAAAGAUCAGAGACUACUCUCGAAGAGACUUUCACGAGGUCGGUUGGCAAGACGAAGGAGAGAUUCGCUCAUUCCUUGAGAUGCAAGAUGUCCGUGUUCGAAAUGAGAUCCUUCAUAAGACAACUAGGGAGUGUAGUUGCAUGUUCCGAGUACUGUACAAGCCAGGGAAGUUACUCAUCUGUUACGGAGUCGAGGAGAAAGACAAACUAGAGACAAUGCUCUCAAACCCUCAACAGUUGAAACUUGAUACGGAGACGAGCUAUAUCAUCCCGAACUAUCUGUAUCUCCAACCUGAUGGAAGAUUCACCUGCACGGUUUUCUCAGGUGACGAAACAGAUGAAAUUCUGUCAUUUAGCUUCGCGUCUCGAGAAGAUGCUCACAAGUUCCAACACGCGCUCACUCGGCGGAAGGUGGAGUGGGAGUCAGAGAUUGGCAACGUUGACCGAGCAACCUUCUUUAUCAAACCCAAGAAGCAGGAACUCACCAUGGAUCGAAAGGUCAAGUUGCAGUUGUGGUCCUGCUGGAAGGACGGAAUCUGCGACAAUGAUUUCGACAAAAAUCGGCACCUUAGUCCCCCAGACCGCUACCAUUCAUCCAAAGAAAUGCUCGUCAUUUUCGAAGAAUCGGGACCCUUCCUGAUCGUACCUUUCAACAACGGCCAAAAGCAGUUCCUGGAUCACCUCCAGACAGUGGCCAUCAAAGCUAUCAGAGAGUACAAAGAAUGCGACAUCUAUAGGUCUCCGGAAAAAUUGGGGCCUAUGAAUGUGAACGACUACAUCAAGAAGUUGGGGUGUGUUGCCCCAGCCGUGCCGCUUGAUCAAUUCCAAUUUGAAUUUGAGCGCCAGCUACAGCGGCUCGCAGCGGACUUGAGGAGGAAAGCAUCAGUACUCGUGUUCACAAGGCAAGGAAAGACUGAUAUGGACCGUGUGUGCGAAGUUGCCAAGUUCUGGCGCGAAUAUCCUGACUAG